AUGCGGCGCACGGCACCUCUGCGUCGCACCUCGCGCCGUGGUCCGGGCGGAUGGACGGAGCCGACGCUGCGGCAGGCCGCUGCUCUGGUGGAUGGGAAUGCCACCAGCGGAGCAGCACGAGGCCCAUCGACUUCAUUUGUUGGCACCCCCUCCCCAGCCGUGAAGAGCGCAUUCGGUGUGGACGACUUCUCCAUGAUUCGUCGGCAGCAGAUGACAUUCACGAAACUCAUUCAGCUGACGAUGGACGCGACUUUCCGUCCAAAGGACUCUGACAGUCAAAUCUACGGCGGUGAUGGCGCAACACAGCGGACGGCGUUGCGCGAGGAACUGAAAACGAUGGACCGUCGCAUCACCCCUUUUGCCCACGAGGAGCUCCUCAACGACUAUUUGAAGAACAUUGUGGCGUUUAGCGGCCCAUCUGGCCAGGUGUGCGACCGGGAGCUGCUGCGGGGGCGUCUGGUUGGUUUGCUUUUUUUUACCGAGUCGGAGUGGUCGUUGGCCUUUAUGCGGAAAUUGAAAUCUUUUCAUCAGAGACAUCGACAAGAUUUUGUUGUUAUUGCUAUCUCUUUGGCCGGCAAGGAGAUGAUGGACGUUACACGACAACAUGGAUUUUUUCAUUGUGCCCAUCGCGAUGGUGCGACAUGGGUGUCGAGGGACGCAGGGGUUAUGAUAAGACCGCUAACGCCACUGCCGCGGUUGAUUGUGGUUGAUGGCAAAAACGGUGAGGAGAUAACACGUAGUGGCUUGACCGCUGUUCUGACACAUCCUGACACGUGUUUUGCGGCAUGGCGAAGGGGUGCUCCCGGACAUGAGUGGUGGGACUAUUUGAAGACGUUUUACCUCUGA